UGGCUGCGCUGAGGGAGUAGAAGAGAGUUUACAGUGUGCCUUUGAAGAAGGCAGAGUGUAAUAUGACAGAUGAGGCUGCUCCGCACGCGACGUUCACCGUUUGCACAGAUGAAAACACUUCUCGAUAUACAAGAGUUAUUUCAUCAUUAGACGGGGAAGGAUAUUCCUGUGGACUGCUUUUAUUUCCAGCUGUGCUCAUUGAAUGAGUUGAUACCCUGCUUGGAUCUAUACUAGACCCAUGCUGAUAUACACGAUUUAUCUUCCGCAUUCUUCACGACCGAUGUCUAGGCUUAGGGUGACUGUGUCAGUCCUAAUCCCUGCUGAUUUGUUUACCUAUCCAGGACGUCUACUUUUAAGUCAAGCCUGACAAGAAUAUAGAUCCAGCUCACAGCGAGCGCAUAAUAAAUUAACCCCUCUGCCUGCAUGUGAAUGUGCCAAAACCUAUCCCCUGGAUUAAAUUCUUGACAGUCUGUUUUGAUGCAACACAUUUGUCUCGCUUCCGCAGUCAGAGCCAGACGUGCAGACGGCCUCAUCAGCACCGAGUGGUUGACGGAGAAGUGCAUUGGUGAUUCAAAUCGGCAAGAAUAGCAUUAUUAAAGUAACCGAAGAGCCACGUUUUAAGGACGAUGGACACCUUGUCCCAGAACUCCAGGCUUGAGUGCCAAAUCUGUUUCAACUACUUCAGCCAACGGCGCCGUCCCAAACUCCUGCACUGCCAGCAUACCUGCUGCUCUGUGUGUCUGAGCCAGAUGCGGCUCAGUCAGAGAGAGCUUCGCUGUCCCUGGUGUCGUAGUGUGACGCAGAUCCCUGGCGGACUUUCGGUCUCCCAUCUUGCAGACGACCCGGAAGUGCUUUCCAUUAUCAGUCCGUCUCACUCCUCUGAGCACACUCCCAUCUUUAUACACUUACCCAACAGUGGCUGCUACCUGAUGCCCAUCCCUCUGGACACAGAUGAGGCAUUGCUUCCCGGACAACCAGCGUGUCGAUUUGGCCCUAAAAGUGUUGGGGUGUUAAACGUCUCUGAUGGCGGGAGCCUCGUGCUGGGGGAUGACACAGGUGAGGAGGGGAUGGAGGAGGUGGCGGUUAAGACCAAAGCAUGGACGGGGGUUUGCACUGUGCUACUGGUGGCACUCAUUUUGAUUUUUCUGCUGGGUAUUGUGUUGCAUAACAUGUCCUGUGUGUCCAAACGCUUCACUAUUAUUUCCUGCGGAUGAGACAGAUUCAUCAAAUUUACUUGUAAAGGACCGACCAAUAUUGCUCAGAAUCUGUUAU